AGUAAGAUUUUAAAUAAAGUUUUAAGAUAAAAAAGCAACUUAUCAUUAACAUAUAAAAAACCAAAUAUAUGCAAAAUCAAUAGCAUUUUAUAACAACUGUUUUCAAGGGUAUAACAAAAGAAAAAAACAAAAAACAAAAACAUUAAAAUAUUAAUAAUUACUAAUUUAAUGUAAUACAUAAGAUAUAUAAUUAAUCCAAUGUCUUCCAAAAGAAGUAUUUAAAAUACUUAAAAAUAAAAUUACUAUAGGACAAAGAAAAAAGAAUUCAACGUCUUCCUAACAAUGUAAUUAAAAAAAUAUACCUUAACAAAUUAUGAAAUUAAAAAUAUAACAAAUUUAUGAAAUAUAAACAAAUAUAAUUAAAAAAUAGAUUCAAUAAAGAACUAAAAAGGACAUUAAGAAAACUAACAAUAUACACACAUAUAAUUAUUCGUAUGUUAUGUAUAAAGUAACAAAUCACUAAAUACAUUUUUUUAAUAAUUUAAAAACUCAACGUCAUCUUAAAAAAUAUAUAAUUAAAAAUAUAACUUCAAUAAAUAACUAAAAAGUAUAACUAUGUUGUCAUCGUCUAUACAACAAAAAUUUCAAUCCGUCAUAACUCACAAUUUUCAUGUCUCUGCAAAGCCUAAAAAGCGACGUAAAAGACGUAAGAAGUCACAUAGAAAUGAGGCUUUGUCCACCUCAACAACCACAGAAGUCUUAAAACACAAAACGAUAGCAAAAACUAAACAAUAUUUUCAGCAUGAUAAUCGUUUGGGAGAAAAGGAAGCAAAAUUGAAACAAACUUUGUUUUCUACAUCUUCUACUUUCAACAAAUACACUGAAAGCGAUAUACUUUACGGUGAAGUUGCCAAGAAAUUUAAACCUUUAAAAAAUACAACAAAUAAAAAAAAAUCUCAAAAGACUUUAAAAGCUUUUUCAAAGUAUAAUACUCAGAGAAAACCAAAUGCAGUCCAGAAAUUAAAACGGAGCAUGCCUUUCAAAACAACAGUUUCAAAUAACAACAGCAACCCUAAAAUUAACAAAUCACCGACGCGUGCUCUUUCACAACCACAAUAUUACAUAUGUUCUUGUCAGGAUACAGAAAGUAAAUUUUAUAAUAACAAUACAUUCCUAAAAACAAAAGGACCUGCAAUUUGCAAUGAUAAUAAAAAUGCAUUUACAUGUUCUACUGCCAACCACACUGCUACUGCAUCCGGUACAACCCAUUUAGCAAUAAUUGAAAAUAAUAUUCCAAAAAUUCUUGAAUUCUUAAAAAGUCAAACACCAACUUUGCUUUUGGAGACACUAUUUAACAAUGCUCAACUAGAAGAAUAUAUCGUGAAACAUAAAAGAGUUCGGGAUACCCAUCAAAUAGCUGAAGCUCAACUAGAGAAAAACGCGAAAUUACGUGAAGCCUUUAAUAUAUCUGAAUAUUUUGUUGAGGGUUCUAGUUUUGAUUCAGAUCGUAAAGCAAAAGAAGAUUUAGCCAAAAGUUUGGCUUUACAAAAAGAACUGGACGCUCAACGUGAACAAGCUGCCGCUUCGGCGGCAAAUGAAAAAGAAUCAUCUAAGCGUUAUGCAUUAGUGCGUACACCGUCUAUUGAGCGUGAUAUUUCUUCAGGUGGCAUGGGUGGUGGUGAUAAUGAUGAUCAUAUAAAUAAAAAGAAAAAAAAGAAAAGAAUGCGUGAGAGUUCUGCAAGCCCAGAACGAAAAAAAGAUAAAAAGAAGAAGUCGAAGAAACGGAAAAAAGAAAGUAAAUCGAAGAAAUCGAAGAAAUUGCGUAAACGUAAAAACAGCGAAUCGGAAAGUAAUGUUGAAAAUGAUAAAGAUAGUAUGGAUGAAGACUCGGAUACAGAUAGUGAAAUUGAUAAAAGGAAAAGCCACAAAAAAUCAAAAAAGGAUAAGAAAAAACGUGAUAAGAAAAAUAAGAAAAAGGAAAGAUCCACAUCGCCAGAUAAAUCAAGAUCGAGAUCCCCUGUAGAUAAACUUACAGAAACUAAGAAGGAAUCAUUAAAAAAUGAAAAUACAACUAAAAAGACAUCGUCUAGCAAUCCGUUUAGAAGUCGUUCAACAGAGAAAUCCCAUAAAACAAAAGAAACUCAAAGAAGUCACUACGAAUCCUCACAAGAGAAUGACAACAGACGAAGUCAUAGUCGAAAAGAUAAAGACAUAAGCAAAUGCCGAAGUCACAGUCGUACUGAUAAAGAAUUCUCCAGACGGCACAGUCGCGGACAUCUGGAAAAAGAAUUAAGACAUAAACGUCAUCGCGCAAAUAGUCCUUCAGAUUGUAUUAAUCGUGAACGCAAUGAAAUAUAUUACAGUAGUAGUGGAGAAAAUCGUAGAUCCCGAUCACGACAAAGAUCUAGGCGUGUUGAUACGGCUGAACGUUUAAGAGACCUUAAACGCAAAUACUCUGAAGAACGUUUACCAAGAAAAAGAGAUAGUCGCAGCAUCGAAAAACGCAAAAAAUAUUCAUAUUCACCUUCACAAUCACGUUCAAGGAAAAGUCGAGAUAAUAAGUCUUAUUCUAGAACUUCGCAAAGAGUAUGUUACCAAUCUAGAACACGUUCUAGGACGCCAAGACACAAAUCACAAGACUGCGAACAAUUUCAAGUAAGAAAUGAUAAAUCCAGAUCAAGAUCAUCUCUAAAUAUAAAUUUGCAUAAUAAAUCAUUAACUCCUCCUCCGCUAACAUCUAAAACGGUUGAUUCAAAAGGCCUAGAGAAAAUAGAUUAUAAUUUGAAUAAUCAAGGAAAAUCUGACAAAGAUUUGGCUACAUCAAGCCUUAAAGAUAAGAAAAAUUAUGGUCGAUCUGGAACCACUUCAUCUUCAUUGUCAGAUUUGGCAUCCUCAACAGACACGGAAUCAUCUAGGUCAAGGACCCCUUCACCCAUAAAAGAACAUUUAGAAAAACCAGCAUUAUCAAGGAACAUUGAAAUACAGAAAUUGUCAUCUCGAAAAACAAAAUCACCAAGUCUUAGAAGAACACCUUCACCAACUGCAAAUAGAUCCAUGUCCAGAUCUAAGUCUAGAAAGCUCGUAAGUGAAAAGAGCACUACAGAAAAACCAAGUCGGAAAUCUAGAUCACAAGAAUCGUAUGAACAAUCAAAAGAAAUGCGAGAAGACCAUAAAAAACCAACAUCUAAAACUCCACCCCCUUCCAAAGUAGAGAAAAAGCCCUCGAGUCCCAGAUCUUCAAGGGAUUCGUCUGAGUUAAGUUAUUCUCCCGCUAGACGUAAUCCGGAACGAUAUCGAGAUAUUUUAGAAAAUGCUAAAAAUCAGAAAACGGAGAAACGCAAACCAGCUGAUAAGGACGCAGCCAAAGCACCAAUGCUAAGUGAAGAACGUGAAAAAGAUCGUAGAGAGAAAGGAGGAAGAAAUGAUAGGAAUCCAGCCAAGCCGGUUGUGCGCUUGCAGUCCCAAAGCGAAGACGAAAGUGAUGCCACAGAACGAAAUGCAGAAAAAAUAUUAGAUGAAUUUCAGGAAUCUAAACGUGAACGAGAACUAAAGGAUUUAAAAAUGCUGGAACAACUAAAAAGUGGAAUAGCAGCCAAAGCCAAGGAAAAGAUUAAGACAAUUGAAAAAAUGGCAGCUUUCACAUCGACAAGCUCAUCUUCAAAUACCGGCGGAGAAGUAAGUGAUAAAUCUUAUAAACGUACAAUACGCAACUCGCUUAAUGAUUUUUUGGCUGCGAAUAAUGUGGCCCCCGCCGUGGUGGCUACUUGUUCAUCAACUGCUCAUAGCAGCAUACAGAACUCACCACCCGGAGCUAUUUAUCCACAAACUCUUGAAGAAAUUAAAAAAGAACAGGAUACUAUCUUACCAAACGAAACUUCCAGUUACAUAGAAAAUAAUAUAAGUAACAAUAAUAAGGACAUUGAAACGCAGGCUAAUUGCAAAAAGUCCCCCGUGGCUGCAAAUGGUCAUGCGGUGCUUUUAAGUCCAAGAGCAAAUCCACUACAAAACAAUGUUAAUGUAAUAAAUAAGGACAGAGAUCGUAAACGUGAACGUGACCAUCGUGAACGUGAACGAGAAAAUGAUAGGGAUAUGAAACCAACUAGAGAAAAUAAUAACUUUAUCAAAGAAAGGCACAUGGAAAGAAGACAAAGAACAUCACCAAAUAUUUAUAGCACUGGUGGAAGUGGUGGUUGUGUCGGUAGCGGAGGUGUGGAUGUUGGUAAUGGUGGUAGUCGACGUAAUAAUAACAGCAAUUUACACCAUAUAAAUCACAGACAUCAACGUUUAAAUGUUAAUUUUUUGGGAAAUACUGGUAGUGUUGGUGGACAUCAUCAUCACCAUCCACAUCCGCAUCAUCAUCACCCAAAUCAUCAAAUAAUAAACAACCAUCAUAAUACUACGUCCUCCUCUUCUGCUUAUAUUGCUAAUAACUCUUCAACUAAUCCUCAUAAUUUAAUGUGUAACCAUGCUAACAACUCCACUAAUAUUUUGUUUAAUCGUCCUAGUCGUAUUAACAAUACACCUCUUAUAACCGCAACCCAAUUUAACAAUCAAAUGCUAAGUAAACAAUCGAAUAGUAUUUUAGUAAAUCGUCGCGAUCAUCGUACCGCCUUAAAUUUAGGUUUGAGUGGAACACCCUGUACUAAUUUUUCCAAUAGUAAUUUGUUAUUAACAAAAGCUAACACUAACCCACAUCAUUUUCAUGCUGCGGCUGUAGGCCAUACCAUUGGCGGUGGUCAUCAUCAUCAUCACCACCAUCAUCAUCAUCACAGUCAAAAUUCAAGUUCGAUCAGUGGUGGUAUAAACCCAACUACUCAAAUAACAGAUCGUAUAUUAAUGGCUGCUUCGAUAGCGGCAGCACAACGUCAUAGUUUAGGUGUUGCACACUCUGCUGCAUCGAGUGCGGCUGCAGUGGCUGCAGCUAAUAAUUUAAAUUUUCUACAGCAACAAAAUAAAGCCAAACUUGUUAUUAAGCCAUUUAAAAUUAAUGAUUCACAGCCUCUGGUUGCAGCGUUAGCAGAUUCGUCAUUGGUGGAUGCCAUUGUAUCAAAAGUAUCAACGGCGACGGUAGCUGCUGCCGAGAGUGCUGCAAGACGUAGUAGAAGUCGUUCGAGACGAAGUCGUAGUCGUAAUCGUCGUGAAGUUAAAACAAGUGAUGCCUAUAGGAGUAACAGCGCUGGGGGAGGCGGUGAGCGAGAAGAAACUCGACGUCGUUCAAAUAGUCAUUCGAGAUCAUCAUCCUCAUCAUCUAGCCGUAGUAGAAGUCAUAGCCGUCGAAGCUCACGCUCGCGUUCUUCACAAUCCAGUUCGUCUUCACGAAGUUCAUCGCGUAGUUCAUCUAGUAGUUUCGGUUCUUCACGUUCUGGUACCCGUUCUCCUUCAAUACCUCGACGCCGUGGGUCUCCUAGUUUUUUGGAUCGUCGCCGUAUUACUAGCGCCCGAAAACGUCCUAUACCAUAUCAUCGCAAAUUACCAUCCGAUGUUUCCAGCUGCUACUGUUCCAGUUGCUGUAGUCGUGAUAGUUCUCCCCGAUCCCGUUCACCUUCGCGCGAUAGCCGAAGCCCUUCAAGAAAUUUUUAAUAUUAUGUCACUAUUCAGUCACAAUCUUCUCAAUAAAAAUUUAAUUAAUUGUUUUAAAAACUUUUAAGUCGACAUUAUUAACCACUAGAUAUAAAUUUUUAAAAAAUUACUUUCCUUGUCAUUUAAAUUUUAAUUAUUAUAUU